AUGUCCUCUAUUCACCAACCUCCCAGCCCUCCCAUUCUCUAUUCGUUUGAGUCCCCGAACGAGUUGAGCGAGAAGCUCGCCGCCUUCAUCGUCAAAGCACAGAAAGAAGCUGUCGAUAAGAAGGGCAGGUUCACGGUUGCUCUCUCGGGCGGCUCCCUUCCCAAACAGUUGAAUAAGCUCAUUGAUAACCCAGCUGUGAAAUGGGACAAAUGGCAGGUCUUUUUCGCCGAUGAGCGUUGCGUUCCGCUGGAUCACGAAGACUCCAACUACAAUCUUUGCCGGAAAGAGUUAUUCAGCAAAGUUCCCAUACCAAAACAAAACAUUCACUCCAUCGAUGUCUCCCUCUUGGACGACCUCGAAGAGCUCACAGACGCGUACGAGAAAGCGCUUAUCAGCGAGUUUGCUCAAAAAGACUCUGCUCGUUUUCCCGUCUUCGACCUCAUCCUCCUCGGCAUCGGUCCAGACGGACAUACCUGCUCCCUCUUCCCGGAACAUCCUCUGUUGACGGAAGAGGACAGGUGGGUUGAGUACAUCGAGGACUCGCCGAAACCUCCACCAAAACGCAUCACUUUGACAUUCCCAGUUCUUAACCAUGCUCUGCGCAUCGCGUUCGUCGCGGCGGGCGAGGGAAAAGCUGAUAUUCUCAGUACUAUAAUCGAUAACCCAGAAGUAGGCUUGCCUGCUUCUCGCGUCAGACCAUCGCACCCAGGCCAGGUGUACUGGUAUGUCGACAAUGCUGCCUCAGCCAAGGUCAAGUACCAGAGGUCGGAGUUCAAGCUAUGA